AUGCCCCCGCCGCCGGGGACCUUCUCCGCGACGGUUCAUCCCUUUGAAUCGCCGACGUCUCACGCCUGCGCCUACGAGGUCGGCCUAGCGGAUGCGAAAAACGCACUUGUAUUUAUCGGCGGGCUUGGAGAUGGCCCUCAUACAGUGCCAUAUCCCCGUGCCAUAGCCAAACGUCUAGAAGACGAAAGCGAGUUAAGCUACUCGGUCUUCGAAUUCCGACUGACCAGUUCCUUCUCCGGGUUCGGGUUUGCUCGCCUUGCCGACGAUGUGGCCGAUAUAUCGGCUCUCGUCGACUACCUCCGGCGCAUCGGGAGACAGCGUGUAGUCCUGAUGGGCCACUCUACGGGGAGCCAGGACUGCAUGGAAUACACAUCCCCUUCUCACAGCCUUGCGCCCGUCGAAGGGUACAUCCUGCAAGCGCCUGUCUGCGAUCGGGGUGCGGUGGCGCAGGAGGUGGGCGAGCAGGUGCUGGAUGAUAGCCUCUGGAUCGCUAAGGAGCUCAUCGCUUCUGGGAGGGGCUACCAGCGCAUGUCCCCCGACGACCUGCCGGUUUCCUUCCGCAACACCCCGAUAUCUGCCUCGCGCUGGUAUGCCCUCGGGGCGGUUGACGGCGAAGACAACUACUUUGCGCCCGACCUUCCAGACGAUGUAGCCGGGCCCUACUGGAAACGGGUGGACAAACCGACCCUAAUCCUCCAUUCUGGAGACGACGAGUUCAUGCCCGGUUCCGUCGACAAGGAUGCUCUAGUGCGGCACUGGAGUUCACUCUGCCAGCCAGGCAUCGCCAGCGAGUUUUCGGGUGUCAUUCCAGGCGCCGAUCAUAGAGUAGAGGAGCCAGAGGCAGAGAAGUGGUUAGUAAAUACCGUUGUUGAGUUUCUGAGAACUAUUAAAUAGCUCAGUAUCCAC